AGUGUUGGGCUAGAUCUGAGUGGGAGGGUCCUUUUCUUACCGCUUCAUGAAACCUCGGCGGUGCAGACCUCAGAUGCUGGACCUUUCAGGAGUGUAGAUCCAGAGACAAGAGCGCAUCUCUCCAGCUCACACCUGACGGUACCUUCUGCCGCUUUCUACACACGGGGAACGACUUUUUAGAGGAGAGUUUUUGGAUUUUAUUUUUGAAAGGAAAGGACAGGAAUCCAUAUUAUAAGUCAUCACUGUUGGACGUUUAGAGAUGGCGCUGUCUUUUCAACGCAGGUGUUUGCUUCUGCUGUGUUUGACAGCAAUCCAAAGCGGUCAUGCUGCUGUGCAGACCUGCAUGGAUAAGUCCCAGGUGGUCGGGGUUCUUCGUCAAAUGGAGAAAUUUCUCAAAGGGCAAGAGAUGCGAUUUACAGAAGGUCUUAGGAUCAUGAAGUCGAAGUUGGCAGCGUUGCAGAACUCGGUCUCCAAGUUACCCCAGGCAGACCAAUCACCUGCUACCACCAGUUGCCCCUCCCUGGAGGCCCCAGCUUAUGGAAGCAAGUUCGGCUCAAAGUAUUUAGUUGGACACGAGGUUCACUUCACCUGCUCUCAGGGCUACCAUCUUGUUGGUUCUGCCACAAGAGUCUGCCAGGACAAUGGUACCUGGACAGGUAUCAGUGCCGUCUGUAAAGAUGUCAGCGAGUGUGCAAGCAAUCCCUGCCAAAAUGGAGGCACGUGUGUGGAAGGAGUGAACCAGUAUAAAUGCACCUGCCCCCAGAGCUGGAGCGGCUCACACUGUCAGCACCAAACUCAGACAGCACCACCAGAGUGGAGUGUUAUGAACGACCCAUCGUUCAGCCGCAGACCGCGCUGUGCCCAAGUCAACCGUGCUCAGCACUGCAGCUGUGACGCAGGCUUUCACAUGAGUGGCACAUCAGAUAACAGUAUCUGCCAGGAUGUAAAUGAGUGUGAGGUGUAUCGACUCGACCAGGGGGGGAAACUCUGCAUCCACGAGUGCGUGAAUAUCCCGGGCUCCUACCAUUGCUCUUGCCCAAGUGGCUACAAGUUGCUGUCAGACGGACGGAGAUGUGAAGAUGUGGACGAAUGUUUGAGCCAGCAGCACAACUGUAGCCGAGGGACAACUUGUAUCAACACGGGGGGAGGCUUUCACUGUGUCAGUCCAGAGUGUCCCCGUUCACAUGGCAACAUCAGCUAUGUCAAGACGUCACCUUUUCAGUGCGAGAGGAACCCGUGCCCCAUGGACAGCCGGUCUUGCCACUUAGCUCCUAAGACUGUGUCCUUCCACUACCUGUCACUGCCCUCCGACAUGCAGACUCCUGCCACUCUUUUCCGUAUGGCUACUGCAGCGGCCCCAGGACGCACUGGCCCCGACAGCCUCAGAUUUGGUAUAGUGGGCGGGAACACCCGUGGCAUGUUUGUCAUGCAGCGCUCAGACAGACAGACUGGCGAACUGAUACUGGUCCAGCAGCUGCGCGGGCCACAGAACAUCAGUAUCGAUGUGGACAUGUCCGAGUACAGUGAACGCACCUUUCAGGCCAAACACGUGGCCAGGGUCCACAUUCUGGUUUCACCUUACAGCUUCUGAGGGCGAGAAGUUAAAGGAGAUCAACUUUUCUUAUUGUUGAUUAAAAACAAACAUACGUUGCUUUAGCGCUCACAAUUUCUGCACAGUGACCAAAAUACACAAUUCAAGUGCAAAACUACCCAUUAUUUAACAGGUAUACAUGUAUAAUGAAUGUAACAACUUACGACAAAACACAUCAUACAAUAAAUGCUUUCUCUUUUUUUUAGACUUUUAUGAGUGAGUUUGAAAGUACGAGUAGGUGAAGAAGAACAUAAUGAUGGUUUGGGUCAUUCUGUCUAUACUGUUGCUUUAUGUUAGAAUUUUUGUGUCUAUUAAAGGUCUUGUCUGAGUAGCUCAGGGUCAAACUCUGGGGUCGAUGAAGUGUCUUUGCUUUUUUGGUGAUAUAAACAUAUUGACAUUAGAGCUUCCCUGGCUCUAAUUUAUUGAAAAUAUUGUAUUGUUUUUUUUUUAUUGUGCAAUACUAUGUGCUGUGUUUCUUCUUCUAUAUACUGUAUAUUUGUGUUUUAGUACUUGCUGGCUACAGUGUACCAGGGGAGAUCUGUCAAAUCGGUAGAUGCAGUACUGUACAGUACCACAGGAUACUUUCACCAUUACUCAGUAUGUUACACAAAGUCAUCUUAUUAUAUUCCACAAUCAGAGAUGAUUUUUGGCAUGCUCGCCUACAAGCCACAUAAUUUAUCUGGAAUUUUAAUUGUCUCUACAUAAGUCAAAUAAAGCCGUUCCAACGUCUUACUAUUUGGCUACAACUAACUCGCCUGAUGCUGAACAGAGUGCUAUUGAAUGUCCCUUUGGCAGUGGCUGUUCUCAUUAUAAAUCCACCAAGGAUGUGUUUUAAUCAGCGAAAGUCAAAUCAACACAAUUAAUGAUCAUGUCACGACUGUAACCAGUUCUAAGUGGACAUAGGGUGAGGAAAGAGGACGAUCGACAUUCACUUCUAAUCUACUGGGUUUAGCAUGAGGUUCUGUUGAUUAUACAAUACUUGAGUGCUCAGACCAGUACUUCAACCUGAGUCAUGUCACACCUGAUGUUUUUAUCCAUCUUUUUCCAAUACUCAUACUGUAGAGAUCCAACAAAGUGGUUUUUAACUAAGACCGAAGUUCGAUGAUUGUUUGUCAGCUGUACAAAUGUGCUGGCUGCACAGUUGGGCCAAGGUCUUGUCAUAACAACAGGUCCUUGAUAGAAAACAUGAUAGUACUUUGAAUUUAUCUACUCUUCUAGCUGUCCAAAAUGGAUCUCUAGGACCAUCAGGGAGAAGCACAUGACCUGACGGCAUGUUUACAGCAGGCCUAAUUUAAUGCAACCAUCAGAUGAGGAGACUCAGGUUUUAAGAUUUGUUUCUGGGUGUUUUACUAAAGUCUAUGGUUAAGGGGGUCUCUGCAGUGUCAGCCUACUCCUAUAGCGUCAGUUGAACAACAUUUUCUUUAUUUCUCUGUCACACCUUAACCUUUGUCAUGGUUAUGCAAAGCCAUCCAUUACCCACUCACUGCCCCCAACCUCCCAUCCCCCUGUAAAAGAGAUGGGCGGAGCACACAGUGGCUCAUUAGCAUUGAAUUAAACCAACCAGAAAAGCUGUUAACCAGCUAUGCUAAUUCCUGUUUUUGUUCAAAUCAAAGCCUGUAAGUAACAUUUGACUCAGACACCAAGGAACGCACAAUACAGUUAAUCGAAGUUCAGUCAAUUCUGAAACAGUAUCCUGGUCUAGCGUAAUGGUGAAACGUGAUGACUGCAUCAUCAUCAUCAGUCAGUGCACAUCAAAUAUUGAGUAGCAAUUCAGGUUUAUGUAACAUUUGUAGUGUACUUUGUCUUAUAUUAAAGAAAUAAAGAUGGCACAAAUACAGUAAAAAUGUAGUCCGUCCCUUAGUUACAUGUCAGCAGCAACAUGAACCUUUUCUUAUUAGAGGGGAAACAUCAAGAAUUCUCCACAUUCCUGUAACAGAAAGAUGUCCAACCAGCCAGUUUGGGCUGAAGUCGUUAAAACAAGUCACAGACAGAAUAAAGCAUAAAUUACAUCCAAUUAAAUGCUUUUCCAGCAGAACGUUUGAGACUCACGUUACCAGUGACUGAAGCCGGAAUAAAGUGCAAUGUAGAGGAGUUUUGCCGUCCUUUUUUAUGGUGGAGAGGAGAGAGGUCGCCUGUGGAUCGUCUUUCAUGUGGGAUAAGUUUCUGGAGCAGCUCCAGGAGGAUGUGAGAGCUCCAGAGAAGAGCAGCCAAAGCCCCUCUGCUUCUGCCUUUGAACUAGAAGAAUCUACAAUACAGGCCAUAAUAUUGACAUUUUUAUGCUUGAUAAAAAUAUCAUGCCUUUGGAUGCAACGGUUACUUUCAGCUACAGCGACAGAAGUGCACCUAAAACAGUAUUAACAGCACAGUAAUAAGAAAGUCGAUUGAAAGCAAACACAGUAAAUCUUCCAGGCAGGAUGCUGUGAACAGCAUUUAUCUGACAUCAUAUUCAUCUCCAUGAAGACUGUCAAAUGUAUUUGUGUGUUUCUAUUCACAUGUAGAAGUUGGUUUCUAUGGCAGUGUCAAAGUUAUAAGUCUGUUUUCUUUUAUGAGGGGCGGUAUACUUUUAAAAUGAGUGAUUUUGUCCAAAACCUAAUAUAAAAUGCAUGAAGUAAUGUUUAUUUUAAAGGUCAGACCACAAAAAAAUUGCUUGAACUACAGUGGUGCGUUUAACUCCUGAGGCAACAGUGCUGACUACAACAGCAGUCAUUAGAUUUGGAAUUUGUGUAAAAAAACAAAAAAGAAACAAAAUGAAAUGCAAGGCUUCAAUAUGUUGAAGAGGUUUGGUUAAAAAUUUGACAUUUGCUCUGAAAUCUGAACACAUGAAACAAAACAGAGGAACAGGACUGAGACUUUGGUUAAGUUGUUUCGGCUCUCCUACUGUGGUCCAGCUCCAUCUCUACUAAAUAUAUGACUCAUGAAGAAGAAAGUGGUGACAGUCGACUGAUGACACCGUAGGAAUGGGCAAAAACUGCAACAAUUAUCCUCCUCCAUUUGUAAGUGAUUAUAAAACGUAAUCAAAAGAGAACGUGGCCCAAAGGUAAACUCACCUUUAUCCCAGAACCUUUGGAACGAAUCAAGAAUCAGUUUAUAAAUGAGUUUGUUUAUCAAAUAGAAUCAAGCUGGUCAUUGAAAACACAUUAAGCCUUUGUCCUGGUGCCAAAGGUUACAAUUUGAGUGUUUUCUUAGAAACUGUUCUGACGUUUCUUAAGAGUGUUUGUAAAUUACCAAGUGUAACAGCCUCUGCUAGGGUAAACCAGGAGGCUCAAGCUGAUGCACUCCACCACACUUAAUACUUUAGCCCCUGCAGUUCAUUAUUCAUCCACAUUUUCCACACAAAACCCCAUUCAAGGCAGCAGAUCCAGCUCCUUCAACAAGGUAUUUGCAAGUCAGCUUUAAAAACAGACUUUAAUUCCAAAGUAAAAUAUCCAGUGUGUGUCGCUUUUUUAUUGUCUAUGAACACUUGAAAUCACUGACAAGAAAACAAACACUGCCCUGGAUUCAUAUUAUCAGAGUUGACACACUUCCUGAGAAGGAAGAGAGAAAAGGAACAAUAAUGUCAAGUUAUUCAUGACGUUCAUGAAGAUUUAAAAAAAAAGAAAAAAGUCUAUAUUAUCCAGACACCACUCCAGCUCUGGAAUCAAGGAAAUAACAGGAAUGAGCCAUAACCCAUCUGUACAAACAAUCAGAGUUCCACUGCAGGUGUCUGCAGCUUUAUAUAAGAGAGGACCCAAUCCAUCGUAAACACAAUUAUUCUAGGUUUCCAAUAACAGGAGAGUGACAGUAUAAACCGAAGACUCCAUUUAAGACCUUAUGAGAAAAGGAGCAGACUGUGUUCAGACUCCAAAACUACAGAGACUAAGAUGGGACAUAUUCAAACCCCGCCGCCCCCAAAAAACCCCCACAAUAAACAUAUUAAGAUUUGAAGC